UGUAUGACAAGCAGUGUGCCACAGAAACACACAGACCCCCUUUUCCCCUCCACUGCAAGGACCAGAAUGCCUCACGCUUAUCCCUUCCUCAGCCCUGAGCAGAAGAAGGAGCUCAGCGAUAUUGCUCAAAGCAUUGUUGCUCCAGGCAAAGGCAUUCUUGCAGCUGAUGAAUCUACAGGCAGUGUUGCCAAGCGCUUUCAGAGCAUUAAUGUCGAGAACACUGAGGAGAACAGGAGGCAGUACAGGCAGCUUCUUUUCACUGCGGAUGACCGCGUGAAGCCCUGCAUUGGUGGUGUCAUCUUCUUCCACGAGACCGUCUACCAGAAGCAUGACAGUGGGAAGCCCUUUCCCCAGCUCAUCAAAGAGAAGGGCAUAGUGGUUGGCAUAAAGGUUGACAAGGGUAUGGUUCCCCUGGCAGGAACUAAUGGAGAGACCACCACCCAGGGAUUGGACGGGUUGUAUGAACGUUGUGCUCAGUAUAAGAAAGACGGCGCUGAUUUCGCCAAGUGGCGCUGUGUGCUGAAGAUCUCUCCCACCACCCCUUCUCACUUGGCCAUCAUGGAGAAUGCCAACAUCCUGGCGCGAUAUGCCAGCAUCUGCCAAAUGCAUGGCAUCGUGCCCAUUGUGGAGCCUGAAAUUCUCCCUGAUGGAGACCAUGACCUGAAGCGCUGUCAGUACAUCACUAAGAAGGUCCUGGCUGCUGUCUACAAGGCCCUGUCUGACCAUCACGUCUACCUAGAUGGGACCUUGCUGAAACCCAACAUGCUGACAGCUGCCCACUCUUGCUCACACAAAUAUUCACCCCAGGAGAUCGCCAUGGCUACUGUCACUGCCUUGCGUCGCACCGUACCGCCUGCAGUCUCAGAUAUCACAUUCCUGUCUGGAGGCCAAAGUGAAGAGGAAGCCACCAUCAACCUGAAUGCCAUAAACCAGUGUCCCCUGCACAAGCCCUGGGCGCUGACCUUCUCCUUUGGCCGGACCCUGCAAGCCUCAGCACUCAAGGCAUGGGCUGGCAAGAAGGAGAAUGGCAAGGCCUGCCAAGAAGAGUACAUCAAGAGAGCCCUGAGCAAUAACCAGGCCACUUUGGGGAAAUAUGUUUCUUCUGGGGACAAGGGAACUGCCUCCGGAGAAUCCUUGUUUGUGGCCAACCAUGCCUAUUAAAUGCCAUCUCACUCAUGCCCACACUGCGCUGCUUGCCUGCUGCUUGCCUCUUCACAAAAACGGUCAGCUAUAGCCCCAUUUUUUCUCUUACUGAUGUUUUUUUUAAUACUUCUCUUCUUUUUCUACACUUUUGGUGCCAGUGUCUCUGUGUCUCAGAAGUGUUGCGACACCCACUUCCUGUUCUGGAUUUGCCAACUGCAGUUUCCUCCUUUACUCUUUCAGUUCAAGAAACGUUUCCUAAUUGGAUACAAGCCUAGUGGUGUGGUAAAUACAGUAUAGCGGAAAAAAACGUGCCUGUAACCCUUUCUUAUAAUCCAGAAAAAAUGCAGUCACAUUCAGUAAGUACAGUCAACUAGACAUUAUUGUCAUACUAUCCUAUACAAGUAUACAAGUAAUCAGUGGUAUGAUAUAACAUUCCCUCAGGAGCACGUUGAAACAUACAGACAGCAAGUGACAAAAGAAGAGAUUCACGGUCAUGUGAGUAUGCAGUCAAUGGAAACAAUGUAGCAGGAUAAGACUGACAAUAAAUAGUAAAGUGUCCAGUUGCAGGGGGGAUGGGGGGGGACUUGUAUUUGCCCUCCAUAAAUGUGACUGCAACACAGUGUUGCCCAUAGUAUAAGCCCAGUGCAAAAACGUCCAUGACAGUACAUGGUCAUGGCAUUAUGUGAAAUAAAUGUAUCUGUACUUCUCGUC